AAACAGGAAAUAUGAACAAUAGACCGGCAAAGCCAAACCUGUGUGUGUUUGAGUGUGAAAUGCGUGUGUGUGUCAGCAUGUAUCUAAGUUGUGAGUGAUCUGUGCUUAUGUGAAGUUUUCACUGGAUUUAAGUUGUAAAUUGUGCGUUCACACAUUCAGAGCGUUUGCUGUUAGAUUGUAUUGAGGUGUGUGUGUGUGUGUGUGUGUGUGUGUGUGUGUGUGUGUGUGUGUGUGUGUGUGAGAGAGGAAGUGAUCGUUGUUCCUGCACAGAGGGAAUGAGGAGGGAAACACAGAUCCUGAGAAAAUCCAGAGGAGUUUGAGUGUGAAUCUCACAUGAUCCUGACGGAGACACGCGUGAUGAUGUUGAUGAGCUGCACAGACAGACAGACAGACGACCGGUGUUGAGUGUGUGUGUCCGGGGCCAGCAUGGUUCCUCGGCCGUCAUCAGGAGAAUUAUGGGGGCUUCACCUGAUGCCUCCUCGUAUCCUGGUGGACUGCUGUCUGCCCAACGGCAUCCUGGUCAGUCUGGAGUGUCUGAGAGAAGCUCCGCUGACCAGCAUCAAACAGCAGCUCUUCAGCGAGGCCCGCAAAUACCCGCUCUACCACCUGCUGCAGGAGGAGUCCUGCUACAUCUUUGUGGGAGUGACGCAGGAGGCCGAGAGGGAGGAGUUCUACGAUGAGACGCGCCGCCUGUGUGACCUCCGGCUCUUUCACCCCAUCCUGAAGGUCAUCGAGCCACUGGGGAACAGAGAGGAGAAGAUACUCAACAGGGAGAUCGGUUUCGCUAUAGGGAUGCCCAUCUGUGAGUUUGAGCUGGUGAAGGAUCCGGAGGUGCAGGACUUCCGCAGGAACAUUCUGAGCGUGUGCAGGGAGGCGGUGGAGGAGCGUGAGGGAGGAGGCGCACACACACAGGCGCUGUACGUCUAUCCUCCCAAUGUGGAGUCCUCACCUGAUCUGCCGCAGCACAUCUACAGCAAACUCGACAAAGGCCGUCUGAUCGUCACCAUCUGGGUGAUCGUGUCCCCGUCCAACUCCAAGCAGAAGUACACGCUGAAGAUCGCGCACGACUCUCUGCCGGAGCAGCUGAUAGCAGAAGCCAUCCGCAAGAAGACGCGCAGCAUGCAUCUGUCCGCGCAGCAGCUGCGUCUCUGCGUGCAGGAGUACCAGGGCCAGUACAUCCUCAAAGUGUGCGGAUGCGACGAGUACUUCCUGGAGAAAUACCCUCUCAGCCAGUACAAGUAUAUCAGGAGUUGCAUCACGCUGGGCCGUCUGCCUCACCUCAUGCUGGUCAGUAAGGACAGUCUGUACAGUCAGCUGCCCGCCAGCGGAUUCAUGCCUCCGUCCUACAGCCGGCGAACGCCUCAGCCCAGCCCCUGCCCCGGCGGAGGAGACCCGGGGUCACCGCGAUCCCUCUGGGCCUUCAACACACACCUGAGAGUACGGCUGCUGUGCGCCACCUACGUUAACGUCAACAUCAGAGACAUAGACAAGAUCUACGUCAGGACAGGAAUAUAUCACGGAGGAGAACCGCUGUGUGACAACGUCAAUACACAGAGAGUGCCCUGCUCCAACCCACGGUGGAACGAGUGGCUGUCGUAUGACAUCUACCUGACCGACGUUCCUCGUUCUGCUCGUCUCUGUCUGUCCAUCUGCUCCGUCAAGGGUCGCAAGGGAGCCAAAGAGGAACACUGUCCUCUGGCCUGGGGAAACAUCAACCUCUUCGACUAUAAAGACACGCUGGUCAGCGGGAAAGUGGCUCUGGGUUUGUGGCCGGUUCCUCACGGCCUGGAGGAUCUCCUCAACCCCAUCGGAGUGUCGGGAUCGAACCCAAACAAGGAGACGCCGUGUGUGGAGCUGGAGUUUCCCUGGUUUAACCAGACGGUGGUGUUUCCUGAUGAGCAGCAGAUCGAGGAACACGCCAACUGGAGCAUCUCCCGUGAGCUGGGAUACAGCUACUGUCUGGGGCUGAGCAGUCGUCUGGCGUGUGACAGCUCCAUAUCGCAGGCGGACGCCGAGCAGCUGCGCGCGCUGUGCAGUCGAGACCCGCUGUAUGAGCUCUCGGAACAAGAGAAAGACUUCCUGUGGAGACAUCGGCAUUACUGUGUGAAUAUUCCAGAAAGUCUUCCCAAACUCCUGCUGUCCGUCAAGUGGAACUCACGGGACGAGGUGUCUCAGAUCUACUGUCUGCUGAAGGACUGGCCGCUCAUGCAGCCUGAAUCGGCGCUGGAGCUGCUGGACUGUAACUUCCCUGAUCCCAUGGUGCGAGAGUUUGCCCUGCGCUGCCUGAUCCAGGGCCUGACGGACGACAAACUCAGCCAGUACCUGCUGCAGCUCGUGCAGGUCCUGAAAUACGAGAUGUAUCUGGAUAACCCUUUAGCUCGGUUCCUGAUCAAGAAAGCGCUGACCAAUCAGAGGAUCGGGCAUUUCUUCUUCUGGCAUCUGAAGUCCGAGAUGCACAAUAAAACGGUGUCUCGGCGCUUCGGGCUGCUGUUGGAGGCGUUCUGUCGGGCGUGCGGCAUGUACCUGAAACACCUGAACAGACAGGUGGAGGCCAUGGACAAGCUGGUGAACCUCACAGACACGCUCAAACAGGAGAAGAAAGACGAGACGCAGAAGACCCAGAUGAAGUUCCUGGUGGAGCACAUGUCCCGCCCCGACUACAUGGAGGCGCUGCAGGGGUUUGUCUCUCCUCUGAACCCCGUGCAUCAGCUGGGGAAUCUCAGGUUGGAGGAGUGUCGUAUCAUGUCUUCAGCCAAACGACCGCUGUGGUUGAACUGGGAGAAUCCAGAUAUCAUGAGCGAGCUGCUCUUCACCAAUAACGAAAUCAUCUUUAAAAACGGGGACGAUCUACGGCAAGACAUGCUGACGCUGCAGAUUAUUAAAAUCAUGGAGAAUAUCUGGCAGAAUCAGGGGCUGGACCUGCGAAUGCUGCCGUACGGCUGUCUGUCCAUCGGCGACUGUGUCGGCCUCAUCGAGGUGGUGAAGAACUCACACACCAUCAUGCAGAUUCAGUGUAAAGGAGGCCUGAAGGGGGCGCUGCAGUUCAACAGCAACACACUGCACCACUGGAUCAGAGAGAAGAACAAGGGAGAGGCGUACGACAGAGCCAUCGAUUUAUUCACACGCUCGUGUGCCGGAUACUGCGUGGCCACGUUCAUUCUGGGUAUCGGUGACAGACACAACAGCAACAUCAUGGUGAAGGAGAACGGACAGCUGUUUCACAUCGACUUUGGUCACUUCCUGGAUCAUAAAAAGAAGAAAUUUGGAUACAAGCGAGAGCGAGUUCCUUUUGUUCUCACACAAGACUUCCUGAUCGUCAUCAGUAAGGGUGUGCAGGAGUGCACAAAGACCAAAGAGUUUGAGAGGUUUCAGGAGAUGUGUUAUAAAGCGUAUCUGGCCAUCCGUCAGCACGCCAGCCUCUUCAUCAACCUCUUCUCUCUGCUGUUGGGUUGUGGGAUGCCUGAGCUGCAGAGCUUCGACGACAUCGCGUACCUGCGCAAGACGCUGGCGCUGGAGAAGAACCAGCAGGACGCUCUGGAGUACUUCACCAAACAGAUGAACGACGCCCACCAUGGAGGAUGGACCACCAAGAUGGACUGGAUAUUCCACACCAUCCGACACAUGCCCAACGAGCACUGACACACACACACACACACACACACACUCGUAUUUCAGUGUGAUGUACAGCUGCGUCAUAAGUUUACAUCCCCUUUAAUGAAUCUAAAAAAGGAUGACCGUUUGAGCAAAAUCAGAGGAGUUACAAACGUCAUGUUGCCUGUAGGAGUCAAAGCCCUGUUGUAUUUGUAAGGAUUGUCGUCUUUUUCUUCUUCUUCUUCUAUUCCUGCACUAAAUCUGUCAUAGAGACACUGAUCAGAAAAAUCACUCAUUAUCAGAUUAUACCCAUAUAACUAUUCUCCAGAACAAUCCUGCAUCUUCUGCACAUUUGGGCUCUGAUUUUGGAUCCAUUUGUUCACACUGAGAUGACACACAGGAUUAAAAAGUGUAUAUAAAUAUUCAGAUGGGUUAUUUGUGUCUAGUCAGUUAUUAUUUAGUCUUGUGGUGUAUAUGUGAAACCGAUUAUUCAGGGCAGCAUGUGAAAAACAUGACGUCGUAUGAUUUAGUAAAGGGGAUGUAAACUUUUGACCAACUGUAUUUAUAUUCCACCCCACAAUCACAAGCAACACAGAAGAAAUUAUAUUCGUUUUUAAGAUAUUUUGCAUUGUCAUGAUAAUCAAAACACAGUUAGUCCAAAUUUUCAUUACAGUAGCAUCCCUAGUGAAAAUAUACUAAAAUGUAUUUAAAAUACAUUUAUUUCAUGCUAAGUAUACUACAAAUACAUUCACAUAUUAUGUACUUCAUAAAAAUACCCUGCAAUUGUACCGUUAGUAUACUAAACUGGUAUAUUUGAAGUCUGCUAAAAUGAAACAGCUCAUUUCGUACUUAAUACACUUUAAUCGUAGAGCUGAAGUCCAACUAAAGAUAUACUGAAGUAUAUUUGAUUUUGCAUUUAAAGACAUUAUUUAAAGAUCACACAAUACUCAUCAGUAAUGACAUUAAAACAUAUUUUAGGCUUCAUAUUAAGAAAUAUCCAUUGGGCACAAGUAGUUCUCCAAAUAAAGUUUAACUACAGUUUUUAUAUCAGUAGGGCUCCGGCGAUACGUCAGUAAUUAUGUUAAAGGACUUGAGCUGUACUUAGUAUGAAAUAAUUGAACAUCUAUUCACUAGGGAUGACAAAAAUAUCAAUCUAGUAUUUAGAUAGUAUUUAUAAUUCACAGUACUAUUUUUUAUACAGUUUUGCAUUUUUAUUUUUUUGUAGUAUUUAUUCCGUAAUGAGUUAUGAAAACUGGCUCCAUUUUCUUCAGGUUAAAUCAGAUUUAUUUGUUUUUGUCUUCUGAUUUUGGGGUGAAACUCAUUUUCUCUGCACACAUGAACGAACACGCUAGCUUCGAACGCUGUUAGCAAGGUCAAACCGCAACACGCCGGCGUUUGGUUCGAGCACAAGAGCGAAGCUUCCAUAUGAGAGCCACAUGACCUUCAGCAGGACGAGCACUUUUGAUGUGUCCCAACUUCCUGUUUCAAUAGGAAAUACGUCACCACAGGAAAGAAACUGUGGGCAACUAUGAAAAUGAAGUGCACUGAACGCUAACGAGAAACCACACACACACACACACACACCCACCGCCUGAUACUGUGACAAACCGCUGAAACGCUUUAAAAAGCAACAGGAAGUUUCCAGAACAGUACAGAUUUCCUCAGAAAGUGUCUGAAGCCAUAAAGGCUCAUGGGAAACCACUACAGAGACAGAGACGAGUCGUACCUCCGGAAAGACUCCGAUGAGGAAGAUGAUGAUGACGAGUCUGCGGUCGGUUCAGUAGCGUUUACAGUCCUCCUCAGGGUAUCAAGGUCAAAGGUCAAGCUUUGAUUGGCACUGCCACCUUUAAACCAAACAGCAGGAGACGUCAUGUCAAAGACACUACCCAGAAUGCACUGCAGCCGACGGUUCUGGUUCUCCGCUAGUCUUCCACGCAACAAAGAGCUUAUGCACUGCUGGACAGAACAGUUAGCAUGUUUAGAGAAAUUCUAUUGCAAUUCUAUUUUCUACCUUCGUUUGAUGCGACACUGUGAGACGCGACGAAAUUUAGCCAAUCGAAAUCUCUGCGAGUUUACAAUCAAUCAAUCGAUCGAUCGAUCAGUCAGCGUUUCUUCAUCAAUCAGAAAC